AUGGACGAUCCAAACGCAGAUACUGAAUGGAACGAUAUUCUUCGAGAUCGCGGUAUCCUUCCUCCAAUAGAAGGACCUACAGAAGAAGAAAUAUUUGAAGAAAUGGAUAAAGUUAUUCGUGAAAAUCAGGAUAAACAUUUGGAAGAUAAAACAUUGGAUGAAUUGGACGAAUUGGAAGAUGAAGAGGAUGAUCGAGUAUUAAUGGAAUAUCGACAAAAGAGAAUAGCGGAGAUGAAAGUCGAAGCAUCAGGUGAAAAGUUUGGUCAGGUAAUUCAUAUAUCAAAACCCGACUUUAUAAAAGAAGUAACGGAAGCAAGUAAAGAAGUUUGGGUGGUCGUACAUUUGUUCAACGAACCAAUUCCAGAAUGUAAACUAAUGAAUAGACAUUUAUCAACACUUGCAGAAAAAUACAAAGCAAUUAAAUUCGUAAAGAUAAUUGGAGAUCAAUGUAUACCAAAUUAUCCAGAUAGGAAUUUACCCACUCUGUUAAUAUAUGGUUAUGGUGACCUUAAAGUACAGCUUGUGGGCAUAUCUCAAUUAGGAGGAAUGAAUGUGACUCCUCAAGCCCUAGAAAAUUAUCUAAUUUCUAUUGGCGUUAUUGAGGAUUCCAACAAAAGUGCCGUGAAAAAAGAUGAUUAUUCUACACAAAAAAUAAUUAGAAACCCGGCAACUGUUGCCUUAAGUGAUGAGGACGAAACUGACGAUGAUUAA